UGGAACCAAGAAGGCUGUGUCCCCCUUCCUCUGGGCGUCCUUCCAGUCUCUGGCGGUCAGGUAACGACAACCUCAACCCCCCCGGACGAUUGCCUGAAUCAGACUGUGCUCCCCUGAUCUUAAGCCAGGAGCGCCUUGGCGUCCACAGUAAGACCUGCCCAGAACCUGAAGCGACAGCUCCCAGACUGCCAGUGAGGGGCACAUCCUCAGGAUGCUCCAAGGGGAAUAGAAGCCAGAACCAGAGCCUCUAUCCCAUUCCCCCCCGCCCAGUAAUGGGGUCCCCAGUGAGUCAUCUGCUGGCUGGCUUUUGUGUGUGGAUGACCUUGGGCUGGGUAGGGGGCUCAGCCCCCAACCUGGGCCCUGCUGAGCAGGAGCAGAACCAUUACCUGGCCCAGCUGUUUGGCCUGUAUGGGGAGAACGGGACACUGACUGCAGGGGGCCUAGCGCGGCUUCUCCACAGCCUGGGGCUAGGCCGAGUUCAGGCCCUCCGCCUGGGACACCACCACGGGCCUCCAGCUGGUCGAGCUGCAGCCCCAGCGGGAGACAAUUCCACGCACAGAUCACAGGACCCCGAGCUGAGUGUGGAUGUCUGGGCGGGACUGCCUUUGGGUCCCUCGGGGUGGGGUGACCCAGAGGAGCCAAAGGCCCCAGCAUCACCCCAUGGGCCAGCGCCCUCGGGCCUGGACCUGUUUCACAGGCUCCUGCUGCUGGACCAUUCAUUGGCUGACCAUCUGAAUGAGGAUUGUCUGAAUGGCUCCCAGCUGCUGGUCAAUUUCGGCCUGAGCCCCGCUGCUCCUCUGACCCCUCAUCAGUUUGCUCUGCUGUGUCCAGCCCUGCUUUAUCAGAUCGACAGCCGUGUCUGCAUCCAGGCCGCAACCCCAGCUCCCCCAGGGGAUCUUCUGUCUGCCCUGGUUCAUAGUGCCCUGGCAGUCCUGCUGCUCAGCCUCCCUUCUCCCCUCUCCCUGCUACUGCUGCGGCUCCUGGGACCACGUCUGUUGCGGCCCCUGUUGGGCUUCCUGGGGGCCCUGGCCGUGGGCACGCUUUGUGGGGACGCGCUGCUCCACCUGCUGCCACAUGCACAAGGAGGGCAGCACGCUGGACCUAGCGGACCACCAGAGGAGGACCUGGGACCGGGACUGUCGGUACUCGGAGGUCUCUUCCUGCUCUUUGUGCUGGAGAACGUGCUAGGGCUUUUGCGGCGGCGCCGAGGGCCCAGGCCAAGAUGCUGCGGGCGAAAAAGAAAGGAUCUCAGAGUACCGGCCCUGGACCUGGAGGAUGGCAGUGGGACGGCCCUUCAGCCCCUACAAGCAGCUCCAGACCCAGAAGCUCAGGGCCGCAGGGAGCAGGCCAGCCAGCCCCCACCAGCCCCAGCCCCCACUGGGCACCAAGGCCACAGUCACGGGCACCAGGGUGGCGGUGGCGCCAACAUCACGUGGAUGGUCCUCCUGGGAGACGGUCUGCACAACCUCACUGAUGGGCUGGCCAUAGGUGCUGCGUUCUCCAAUGGCUUCUCCAGUGGCCUCAGCACCACCCUAGCAGUCUUCUGCCACGAGCUACCCCACGAACUGGGUGACUUCGCAGUGCUGCUCCAGGCAGGGCUGCCCUUCCGGCGCUUGCUGCUGCUGAGCCUGGUGUCUGGAGCCCUGGGACUAGGGGGUGCAGCCCUGGGGGUGGGGCUCAGUUUGGGCCCUGUCCCCCUCACUCCCUGGGUGUUUGGGGUCACUGCUGGGGUCUUCCUCUAUGUGGCCCUUGUGGACAUGCUACCAGCCCUGCUUCGUCCUCCCGAGCCUCUCCCUACGCUCCAUGUGCUUCUGCAGGGGCUGGGAAUGCUGCUGGGGGGCAGCCUCAUGCUCACCAUAGCCCUGCUGGAGGAGCAGCUAUGGCCCCCAGUCUCUGAUGGCUGAUGGGGGCCGGUGGAAAGGCGUCCAGGUUGCCCUUCCUUCCCCCCAACCACAGGAAUGGAGGCGGGACACAGGGCCAGUAGGAGCAAUAGGAUUUUAAUAAACAGAACCCAUCCCAAAGCCAUGACUACGACAGUUGUACUUGCACCAAAACAGCAUAGAAAACCAGGAUGUGGUGGGAGGAGGGCUCAAAGCAGGUGGGGGCGGGGGGAGAGGACAUGAGCAGGGGCCUGGAGGGUGCAGGGUGCAUCCAUCUGCAGGGAGAGCAUUGUGCUUUAGCCCAGGGAGGUGGGGGAAGGGUGGGGCAAAUGCACUGCAAGGUCCCCACUUUUUCCUGCUGCCCUCAGCACCCUGGGGAUACAGGCAUCUGGGCAGAUCUGCCCUUUAUUGCUGCCCACCAGCAUUAAACACCCCCGACCCCAACACUAGCACCACAGGCGGAUCCGGGGCAGGGAGAAGGGCGGGAACGGGAAAAUUGCUUAGAGAAAGAUUCGACUAGAAUCCAGUGAAUUGUGCUCAGUUCUCUUUACUUCCUACAACCGAGUACAUGGGUCACGGGGUGGAGGGUGCGACAGGACAUGAAACAUGCCCCUCGGUGCCCCCAACACACCCCUGCACACAGGAUGGUGGUGUCUGCAGCAUCACAGGUCAUGCAGGGCACGGGGAAGGGGGGGUUCACACACACAGAGACGCCCACAGCGGGUACCAGAGAACACCCCUGAAUAUACACAGCUGUACACAGGGAACCCCCAGGUCCCCAACCCAACCCUCUCCCCUGUCUUGCCGUCCCCCAGGCCGGAGGAACUGUAUUGCUUUGAGAGAGCCACCCUGGGGGCCGCUCUGCCAGGCACCCUCCCCUCCCCUCCCCCCACCCCCAUUUUGGCACAUCUGCAAGACACGCGGCAGCGAGAGUAGGCACCCUCCCUCCCAGGCUUCUGUGGCUUGGAGUUGAGGAAGGGGGUAGGAGACUUUGUCCUCCAUCCUGCCCCUAGCCCUUCCCAAACCCCUACCAAACCCACUCCAGCCAGAACCCACCCCCACCCCCUGAAACACACACAUACAAAGCUGAGCUAUCCAGGAAUACAGGGGAACAAGGAGAUUGUCCAGGACAGGAGCGGAGCAGUCGGGAGAAAGGACUGGAAGCAGAGACCCCACCCUGGUGUGGGGGUAAGACUGGCACGACAGCUACUUUAGUGCAAUUGGAGAGGGUGCCCAGAGUGAGGGGUGGGGAUGGGAGGGGAAGGCUCGCCCCGACUUCCCUGGGCGGGGGGCAAAGCCAGGCUCCCCAGGGAAAGGGCCUAGCAGGAGCGAGCGAGGGCCAAGGGCAGAUGCUCUCGUCACCCGCCACCCCCUGCCCUCCCAAAUGCAGUGACAGUGUCCCCCUCACACCUACAUGGGCAACAGCAGCCUCGGAGUCAGUACCUUCAAGUAAUUCAUAGAACAGACCCUCCCCACCCCAGCUUCCUCCCAUCUCUGGGAUUUGGUCGCUUCUCUAGGGUUGGGUCGGGGGAGGAGGGAGUUCCCAAGUCAGGCCCUUCCCUCUCCACCUCCCUCUUCCCAGACCACUGGGCUUGGUCCUCAAAGAUUCCUUGCCUCCGCCCCUUGCCCACCUUGGGUCAAGGCCACGGAGGGCUGGAGCCACCACAAUUCGAAGGGAAGGGGCUGCUUUGCUCCUUAUCCCUCCUUCUUAAAAGGUAGGGUUCAAACUAGGCAGGAUGGGGCCCCAUACUGGUUUGCCCCAGGAGGAGGGCUUCUGGGCUAGGGUCUGUAAGGCUAUUUUCCUUUGCGGUGGGAAGGGGAGGUGGGGAUGAACACGGGGUGUGGGGAGAGGGGGAGAAAUGGCGGAGAGGGAUGGAGGAAGGGGCCUCCCUGCUGGAGCGCAGUCGCUGGAGUCAUUCGGACGAAGAAACACUCCUGUGCAUAAGAUACAGAGCGGGCCUGCUCCCAGCCCCUCCAGCCAGGCCCCACCCUCACCUCUUGGGGUCCCUUCAAAGACCCCAGAGGAGGUUUCGGGAGUACAGCUGCAGAACCGUUCACUCUGGCCCCACGCCCCCCACCCCACCCCCAGCCUCUCCUCCCCUUCUAGGUCCGGGGAGUAAGAAGGUGCUCGGGUGGGCAGACAGCGGUGGAAACAGUAUUGAGUUUUCCUUUGGUUACAUAUUGAAGGCAAAGGUGAGCUGGACUUACAGUCAAAACGGAUAGGGAUGAGGAAGGAAGAGGGGCCAUGCUGGGGUUGGAGAGGGAGGCAGGCCCUCCUCAGCCCCUCCACCCCAAGGAACACAUGUCUAAGUGGGGUGGCAGUCCCUCAGUCUCAUCUCUCCCACCCCCCACAGCACCAAACAGAAGGAGAAGCCCCCUCCCCCAGGGGCUGCUCCCCACCCCAACCUGGGCUGUACAUUCAGUGGUUUUCAGCAGUCCUAUGGCUCAGGGGGCCACAGCGGGGGAGGUGGCCCAUCAGUCUCAGUUGGACAGUGGCAGUGACCCGGGUCUGUUGGCCCAUCCUGGGACCCACAGUUUGUGCCAUUUGUUUUUCUGAAGGAUAGUACACAACCCUACCAAAGCCACCGCCCAAUCAGAAACGUCUCCCCAAAAAUCAGAAACUAAAAACUGGCUCUUUUCAACUCGCCCUCUGAUUCACAAGCCUGUUUCCCUGUCUCCUAUGUAGCCCUCGCUCUGUCUCCUUUGCUGGGACCUGGGGCUGCUCCCAGGGUCCUCACGUAAAAUAGGCCUUUUCUCAAAAGUGCUUAUUACUUGAAGCAAGUGCUUUAGAGCUGCGGUGGGGAGAGGGGGAGGGAAGAGGGAGGGUGAAGGGAAGGUGUUUCCUCCCCACCCUACCCCCUGAAGUUUGGGGGGCAUUCUGCCUGUUUUACUUCUCCACACCCGUUUAAGUCAAAGAGGUUUUAAAAAAAAAAAAAUCUUAACAUUAAAAUAAAUAUGCAGUGGCCAUGAGAAUGGUCAAAACACUUCAAAAAACACUAGGGGCUGGGGAGCCCGGGGUGGGGUGUGGGAUUUCCUUUGGCAUAAGGAGAGGAGGCUGCUCGUCCUCCACGCCCCCUCACAGCCACACGAGGAGGGGCAGAGGACCCCCCGACCUGCCCCAGCACUGCUGACGGGGUGCUGAAGGGGCAGUGGGGGAAGAGGCAGCCACCAGAAAUCUCAUCUAGCAAAACAAUGGGGCUCCUGACAAAUACUCAGGUUCUUCCUGUCAUCGCCAAACAUUGAUAAAGGAGAACACGACUGAUACCCCGAGUCUUCUCUGGAGGACCCAUCGCUCUGCUCCCCCUGCCCCCCGUCACCUAAUUCCCAGCACCAAAAUGAGAGGGAGGGGGUGGAAUGGGAAGAUUUCAGGAGAGCUGAAGUCAGGGGCAAGCUUUGCAGAACCAGCAGGGGUGGGGGCGGGGGGCUGCAGCCCUUAAGAGAGGUCACAUUGAUUGUCGUAUAGGGGAGGACAGGGCGUGAAGGGAGGUGGGCAAGAGGGGUGUCACAAGGCCCUUUGGCUUUGAAAACAAACCUAAAAACUAAAAGCUGCACAAUCCUUCUCACCAAUAAUGGUCAUUUGGAAGCUUUGAAAUGGUUUAGGAACUGAGGGUCGGGGGAAGCAAGACACAGAGAGAGGGGAUAAAGAGAGACCACGACAAAAAAAAUAAGGACUUGGGCAAACACCGCAGGCUUCAGGGAACCAGCAUGAGGUAUGGUUAAGGGUAUCUGGCAGGGAGGGAGGGGUCCCUGGGAUGCCCCCCCUCCCCUCAGCCCCUCCUUGGCGAAGGCGGCAAGACUUGCAGGGGACACAACUGAAAAGUGGGUGAGGUCGUGAACAAAGCAAGCGUGGGUGGGGGAAGGAGACUGAGGGCUCCCGGGGCGGGGGGGAACCCUGUACUGUGUAAACGAAGCCUGUCCAGUUCUCAGGGGACAAUACUGAUGGCAGCCAAACUGGGCAAGGAUGCACUGUGGGGGUGGAGGGGGCAUGACCUCUAUUCAAGUUCUGUGUCUUGGCCCCUGGCUGAGGUAUUGAGUGUGAGGAAAGGAACACUGGGCUAUGGGAGUGGGUCCAACUGUCCAGGAGGCUUAGCUGGGAGAUGGAUGGACAGGGCAUCGGAAGGGACCAGGGCCAAAUUCAAUGCUACAUUUAGAGAGAAAACUGCCCCCUCCUCACUCUGGCCCAGUUUGGCUUUGGGGGAUCUUCUCAGUGCAGCCCCUAGCUCAAUCCCAUCUCUCCCCGCGACCGGGAGGGCAGGGACCAAGCCUCAGCGUGUGUAUUCAUCACUCCCUAGGUCAGAGCUUCAUCCUCACACUGGAGGGGAAGCUGGGGUCCCGAGUAGCCACGGUCCCUAGUCUGCCCUGCCCCUCCCACCAUCUUUGGCUUCAGAUCAGGAGUGACUGGGGGCAGUGGGUACUCUUGGACAUAACGGACAGUGGGGGCACAGAGGAACUAUGGGUUUGGGGGGGCACAGGAGGAAGAACAUGGUCCUUCCCUCCCCACACAUGCAAACACAUGCCUGAAACACACAGGACAUACUAGGGCUGUGGUUUUGAAAUGGGCAGGAAAUUAAUUUGUUUCUUCCCCUAAAGGAUAAAAUGCUUACUUAAAAAUUCAUGACAAGCCUCAAAGUUAAGGGAGAGGGGAGCCAGGGAGGGAAAGGCCACAGGCUCUGCCCUCCCAAAAGAAGUUAAAAGAAAGAAGCAAGGUUAAAGUGCGUGGUUAGGGGGCCAGGCCAGCAGUGGAAGGGAGUCAGGGAGGAGAGCAGGCUGUGGGGGCAGAACCAGCCCUUGAUUUGCAUAUGAGGAGCCAGGGGAGAGUGCAGGAUUGGGGCCCAGGUACAGUAGUUGCUGCUUCAAGUGUUCUGCAUUUGAACUUUAGGGGUGACGGGGUACAGAAGUGGGGGAAAAGCUCCAGGCCCCAGUGCUAAAUACCCUCCCCCCUCAUCCACUAGCUGCCCCUGAAGGGGGAGGGGGACACCCCCAGAGUGCUCACACAGUACCAGAAAUUAAGGCUUCUCACUGCUGCGGGGAUGGAGGGGCCAGCCGAGCAGGGAGGCAGUGAUGGGUAUGGAAGAAGAGGAGGGAUCUGCCUGGCAAUAGGGGCAGGGGGAGGGGGACACAGAGAGGAGAGGCAAAGGGAGGGGUGGGGAGAGUUGGCAGCAGAAAGGGGGAACUGAGAGAUGGGGUAAAAGAGAGGGUAGCCAGGCAUUUAGCAAUCAUUUGGGGACACUUGGCAGAAGGGGUUGCCCUGGGGGUGCCAAGGGCCUGGGGUGCUCCCUGUCGGUCCCAGACCCCUGCCAGGCCAGGAUGGUGUGGCAAAGGGGUGAGCAGCUGCUCCCCAGUGCUUCCCCCCC